UCCCUUCCUCCCUCUUCUGCGGGCUGCGCGUCGCCGAAGGUCGCCGCCGAGUCGGGAGCGCGCGGUGGGGAGGGGAGGGGAGGGGAGCGGGGGGCAACGCAGCCCCCCGGGAACGAGCAUCCCCUGGCCCGCCACGGGGCCUGGCCGCCUCCAUGGAGACUCUGGGGACCCCCGUCCCCGGGAAAAGGACCCUCGCUGGCGUGGAGGUGAAUGCAGGUCAGCAGAUGCCGUGUGAGUUGAGCCUGGUCCAACGUGGCGGAGAAUAUGAGUUGGUUAUAAGCUUCCAAGGGACAGACCCCACUACUCAAGAACACAUUCCAAUCAACAGCCGUUUUAAAUGUGUACAAGAGGCUGAAGAAACUUUGCUGAUCGACAUAGCCACAAAUUCUGGUUGCAAGAUCCGUCUCCAGGGGGAUCACACCGCGGAGCGUCUGUUUGAAAUAGCAGAUGAGGAGCGGUGCUUGGAGUUCCUUGCCGAGGUGCUAACAGUUCAGAAAGCGUCAUCAAAAAACCCUUCCUCUGAAUCCGUGGACCAUGCCUCUUGGCACCAAGUGAAGGGCCUCUCUGGGCCCACUGAGCCCCUUCCUGCAGGCCUUCUGGGGUUCGAGGAUAAUUUCAGCGCCAUCAGCCUGGAGAAGAAAAGGAACUUGCAGAACCAGCAGAUGAGUGCCCGCCGGGAGCCUCCACCUCCCCCCCAGCCUCCCAGCCGGUCGCACUUCCGCGAGAAGGAGGCCACCAACAAGGACCCCCCCCAAGGGAGCAGCACCAUGCGCACGUUCUUCGCGCCGUCCACCCACACGCAAUCUGGGCAGAGGGAAGGACUCAUCAAGCACUUCGUCCUUAAGCGGGAGAAGGAGUACGUCAACCUGCGGAACUUCAGGUUUUUUAUAGGGACGUGGAACGUCAACGGACAAUCGCCAGAUGGGGGUUUGGAGCCCUGGCUGAUCUCAGACCCGGAGCCCCCAGACAUCUACUGCGUAGGGUUCCAGGAGCUGGACCUGAGCACGGAAGCCUUCUUCUACUUCGACUCCAACAAAGAGCAAGAGUGGCUGACGGCGGUGGAGAAGGCUUUGCACCACAAAGCCAAGUACAAGAAAGUGCAGCUGGUGCGCCUGGUUGGCAUGAUGUUGCUGAUCUUCGCCAGGAAGGAGCAUAUCGACUUCAUCAAAGACGUGGUGGCAGAGACGGUUGGCACCGGGAUCAUGGGCAAGAUGGGCAACAAGGGUGGCGUGGCGGUCAGGUUCGUCUUCCACAACACCAGCUUCUGCAUCGUCAACUCCCACCUGGCUGCCCACGUGGAGAACUUCGAGCAGCGCAAUCAAGACUAUAAGGACAUCUGCGCCCGCAUGAGUUUCCAGGUUCCCGACCAAAGCCUGCCCCAGCUGACCAUCAUGAAACACGACAUUGUCAUCUGGCUGGGAGAUCUGAACUACAGGCUUUGCCUCCCCGACUCCAAUGAUGUAAAAUCUCUAAUCGUUAAAAACGAGCUUCAGAAACUGCUCACGUUUGACCAGGUGAGAGGGGGAAAGGUAGGGAGGAAUUCCCUGGAGUUCAAUCCAGGUAAGAAUCUCAUCCCAAUAGUUAAAGAAUCCCUGAUAUUGAUCCUAUCUCCUUCCAGUGGAAAAUGUCGUGUCCCAGCUUGGUGUGACCGGAUUCUCUGGAGAGGAGGCAACAUCAGCCAGCUCCAAUACCGCAGCCACAUGGAACUAAAAACAAGCGACCACAAGCCCGUCAGCUCCCUCUUCCUCAUAGGGGUGAAAGUUGUAGAUGACCGACGGUACCGGAAAGUAUUUGAGGACAUUGUUCGGAUAAUGGACAGGAUGGAGAAUGACUUCCUUCCGUCGGUGGAGCUGAGCAGGAGGGAGUUCUCUUUUGAGAAUGUAAAGUUUCGGCAACUGCAGAAGGAGAAAUUCCAGAUCACUAACAAUGGCCAGGUCCCCUGCCACUUCUCCUUCAUCCCCAAGCUCAACGACGUGCAGUACUGCAAACCGUGGCUCCGUGCCGAACCCUGCGAAGGUUAUUUGGAGCCAAAUGAGACAGUGGACAUCUCCUUGGACGUCUACGUCAGCAAGGACGCGGUGACCCUUCUCAAUUCGGGGGAGGACAGGAUCGAGGAGAUCCUGGUCCUUCACCUGGACCGGGGCAAGGAUUACUUCCUCACCAUCAGCGGCAACUACCUGGUCAGCUGCUUCGGGACCUCCUUGGAAGCCCUGUGCCGGAUGAGGCAGCCCAUCCGUGAAGUCCCCGUCACCAAGCUCAUUGACCUGGGAGAGGACAGCGGCCUCGAAAAGGAGAAGUCUCUUCUGAAGAUGGUACCUCAGGACGAAGACUCUAAUGAUCGACCUUUGCACAUACCCAAGGAGAUCUGGCUCCUGGUGGAUCACCUCUUCAAGAAUGCCUGCCAUCAGGAGGAUCUGUUCCAGACCCCUGGCAUGCAAGAGGAACUGCAAGAUAUUAUUGAGUGCCUGGACACCAGCAUCCCGGAGUCAAUCCCUGGUAGCAAUCACUCGGUGGCUGAAGCUCUGCUGAUCUUCCUGGAGGCCCUUCCCGAGCCCGUCAUCUGCUACGAACUUUACCAGCGCUGCCUUGACUGCUCCCAGGAUAGUCGCCUCUGCCGGCAGGUUAUUAGCCUGUUACCACGCUCACACCGGAACGUCUUCCGCUACGUGAUGGCCUUCCUGCGAGAACUUCUGAAGUACUCCGAGAGCAACAACGUCAGUGCCAACAUGCUAGCCACCCUCUUUGCCAGCCUCCUGCUGCGGCCUCCGCCCAACCUGGUGUCUAAGCAGACUUUGCAAGAUCGCCAGCGAGCCAACAGUUUCAUCCUGGGCUUCCUGCUGGGAGCAGAUGACUACUAAAGACCUGGUGUUGCAUGCUGUGAGCCAGACGAGUGGCCAGGGAGGAGGAGGAGGAGAGCCCAGAGGUUCUGGGCUCCGGGACAGUUUACUACAGGGAUUAAGAUGCUUUCCAACACUGCGUGCGAUUCCCUGUUCCUAAAUUUUAUCUGUGCCGGUCGCUGGUGGUAGAAUCAGGAGGGUUCCUGGUGGUUUAGCAGACGGCCCGUUUGCUGAUCUUGGCCGGCAGGCGGUAACAGUUCCGUCCACUCCCAGUCUAGUACUGUAUUUCCCCAUCUUUUAUUGCACCAGUUUUAUCCUCUUUAAGUCAUGACGAGGGCCAGGAUCUUUUCUCUGUUAGGGAAGACAAGCAAAAGCCCCGUUCAUUCUCUUCGCCUGCUUUUGUACAGUCCGGUUGUCUGCUCCCAUCUGUGGCCCUUGCUCUCCACUCACCUGGCCUCCCACUGUAGUAGGUUGUAUUUCACACACACACAAAACAACAACAACUUGUAUUUCACAAAACACCACACACUGCCAAAGCAGAAGAGGGAGGGGGAGGAGAGGGGGAGGUGGGAGUAGCAGAUCCUUGGCUUUCAAGCGAGGUCCACGGGCGAAUCCGGGUAAUUGGUUUCCCCUUCCUUUGAAGUUUCUGCAACUUUUGUCUUUCCGGUUGUCCGUUUUCAGGUUUCUGUACUUUGUGCAUAUUCACCCUUUCUCUCUCUCUCUCUCUCUCUCCUUUUUU